GGUAACUGCGUGACUCCGUUUGGAACUUUUGGUGAUCUUUGACUUAGCCGUUAGUUGAUAGCAGGUCAAUGCCCACUUCCUUCUUGGAGGAACACAUCAAAAGAACCCACCUUUCGUAAAUUCUGAUCUCUACUAUGGUUUGUGGUAUCCCCUUUUGGUUGUCACACCGUCUGAUUGAUGCUCCGAAGUGAGUAGAUCAACUUCUUUGCCUCGAAGAUUUGCGGUUCCAUUUAUUGACCAAUUGAUCAACUUCUUCUGAAAUGGCUGUCGUCGUGGUGAGUUCUUUGCCUUGUUUAUCGGGAGUAAUGCGCCACACGAAUUGUUCCGCAGAUGGAUUCGAUCGUUUGGCUUCCACAAGAUGCGGUAGAAGCACGAAGAUAGCUUGCGGUGAGAGGCAACAGAAGUUGCCCGCGAACCGUUUGUUUCGUGGUCCGUGUGACUCAGGUGACAUGAGAGUCUUUGUUUUAUCGGACUUGCACACGGACUAUAAAGAGAACAUGGAGUGGGUGAGCCGCCUUUCAACCGUUUGGUACAAGAAGGAUGUUCUUAUUGUCGCUGGAGACGUGUCGGAGACAUAUAAGAACUUCGUGUUCACCAUGGCUGAGUUGAAGCAGAGGUUUGACAGUGUUUUCUAUGUGCCAGGAAACCAUGAUCUCUGGUGUCGAAGAGAAGGUGGAAAUUUUAUGGACUCUGUGGAGAAGCUGAACGCUUUGCUUGAUGCAUGCAGCAAACUAGGAAUAGAAACCUCUCCAAGAAUUGUGGGGGAUGUGGGUAUCAUUCCUUUGUUUUCAUGGUAUCACAAGAGUUUUGACACAGAGAAAGAUAUAAGUGGCAUUCGAAUUCCAUCACUUGAGAUGGCAUGCAAGGAUUUUCACUCAUGCAAGUGGCCUUUACAACUAGCAAAUGGUGAUGUUGCCCUUGCUCACUUCUUUGAUAUUAUGAAUGAGAAGAACCAUAAUUUGUUCGAAGAGAUACGAAAGACUAGUUGUCAUUUGAUAACAUUCUCUCAUUUUGUUCCAAGGCAAGAUUUAUGCCCGGAGAAGAGGAUGCUUUUCUACCCAAACCUUCCAAAGAUAAUAGGCUCUGAUUUUUUGGAGGUCAGAAUAAGGUCUAUACAUGGAGAGAAUAUAGGCAGAUCACCGUGCCAUAUUUUUGGCCAUACACACUUCUGCUGGGAUGCCGUACUUGAUGGUGUCAGGUAUGUUCAAUCACCUUUAGCUUAUCCCAGGGAAAGGAAGAGGAGGAUGUAUGGUGGUGAAGACUGGUUGCCAUUUUGCAUCUACGAUAAGGGAUUCACUGAUAGAUUAUCACCUUCAUACUGGUCUGAUUACUACUCCAAAAUCAAAAGAGAUCCAGAAAAUACUGAUCUUGCACCAUGGGUCGCCAGAUUCUACGCAAGGUAGCCCAGGUCACUUUGUCUUCGAUUAUUUAUUCUUGACCCUCUUAUUAUGAUCUCUGGAGUAUAAUAUGUUCCAGUGAUGAAGAGAUACACACUUGGUUGUCUCUGUUGAGAGGAAACAUCGCCUCAUGGGGCUAACUGUGGGUGGAGUUCCUUUCACAACCUCGGUAGAAUAUUAAGACAUUUGAAGGAACUAUUUGAAUUGCUCCUAUUUGGAAAUAAAGAAAGAAGGAAUCUUAGACUAAAAAGGACUCUUCAUAAAGCCCUCCAUACUUGUCUCCCAAAACUCUGAAAAGGUUUCAUGGCCUCUUCUCGUCUCAGAUUGUUGUCUUCUGACAGUGGAGUGUGGACUUCACAUGGCUGGAGACAGAAUUCUUCUGAUAGCAAUCUCGAGUUAAUUGAACUGGAAGAGAGAGUCGAGAACAAAGUGAACAGAGGACAGUGAAGGUUAAGGUCGAGUGAAGUAGAUUCAACUUGAGCAUUUCUUUGCUAAUGAACCGAUCCAUCGGUGGUUUCGGAACCAUUGUCAGGUCUAGACCAUGGUUGCUAGUGAUUGAAUUCUGGGACCCGGAGACAAAGUAGCCCCCUAAAGAGUGACUGAAUCAACCUCCCCCAGUUUCUCAAUCCAGUACUGCUGGGAGCUUUAAAGAAAGAUGAGAUAUCUCCUCAUCAGGGCUCCACAUUCCACUUGCAUCUCUGUACGACAAUAGUUUGAACUGGAUCAUACAUCCAUCAAUUAUUCUCAGAAUUUUCUUGGAUUUUCUGUUGUUUAAUUAGAUGGACAUGCUAGCAUUAAAUAUGAAGGAAGCAGUAGCAAGCUACAAGGCAUGCAGCUCUGACCUCCCUUUGCCCAUGUGAUGGCCAAAACUUGCCACAUACCAUAAUAUUGUGAACAUAGGAGCAUAAACAAAGUGAAAGAGGAAUCAAAAGUAGCACUCCCCCAAUCUUUGUCCGUCCUAUAAAGCUCUGUAACGUCCACUAUAGCCUCAGAGUUAACCCAACAAGUCUCAUUCUAUCUCACCUCUCCCUCCUAAGGAUGGACUAGAGGUCGCCUGCUCCUUGUCAGGUGCGGUGCUAUCUUGCGUCCCUCGAAGGUUUGGGAAUCUUAUUCCAUUUGCUCUCUGUGAGGUGGAGUGGUGAUGGCAGCCGCAGGAGAGGCUGGGACGGCCACAGGAGGAGGGAAAGGGAGGUUUAGAAGCCUCUACUGGAGGCUCAGAGCCGGAAUAAGGAGGCAGCUGGGAAGAGCAAGAGAGAGCAAGCAGCGUUUCAGCUUCCAUUAUGAUCCCUUCAGCUAUGCGCUCAACUUCGAUGAUGGCUGCUCUGGCUUCCUCUCGCUGUAGCUCCUAGUUUCUCUUUAUUGUUCUGAGAGAUGUACAGCGACAUAUCUCUGGAGUAAUGGGUGUUUCUGGCUUCUUUGUAGCUGCGUUGGAAUGUAGGGAAGCAGAGGUGAAGAAAUAUAUCAUGGCAGCUCAUCAAUGUUGAUGUUUUAGUAGAUAAUCAUCUUUCGUUUA